AUGGACAAAAUUUGGCUCGUCUUGGCAGAGUUAGAGCAUUUCUCUGUCGCUCAAACUCCCCAUGGUGCGCUUAUCCUGAAGAACCUUAGCCGCAACCAGAUUCAGAUCGAAUCCUUUACCCAGGGGUCAACCACCCUGUAUCCUGUUGUAACGAACAGGAAACACAUCGUUCGGUUCCUCGGCUUUAUGAAAUGGAAUGGCCUGCCUCCCACAUUGUUUAUGGAGUUUAUCGACGGGUCGCACCUCGCAGAUGCACAUCGCCUAUACCCCAUCAAAAAUCGCGAGCUUAAAGAUCUCCUCAGCCAGUUGCUCCAAGCCGUGGCUUUUCUCCAUCAGGCUGGAGUCACACAUCGAGAUAUCAAACCUGAGAAUGUGAUGAUUGUCCGGCGUGACGAAAUCUUCGUCAAGCUGGCCGACUUUGAUUUGGCAUCAGUAUCUACCACAAGCCUCGAAGAAUUUUGCGGCACGCCCCGAUACGCUGCACCAGAAAUCAUGUUCGGGGAGAAGUACAAUAGCAAGGUGGAUGUUUGGUCCCUUGGUAUUGUAGGACUCGAGAUUUCGCAUGGGCUUCCUAGUUUUUCGAGGAAAGGCUGGCCGAAUAUUAUCAGGGAUCAUAUCGCCUCUCAAAACCAAACUCCGAUACUUCACUUUAUUUCCAAGCUGGUUAAAAAGGAUCCAAUUGAACGGCUCUCCGCCCAACAAGCAUUGGACGACGGGUUCUUCGAGGCCGAAGGGGCUGCCGACAAAAAUGCUCUCCCUGGGGGAGGACAGCAGCACACACCAUGGCGACGCACAGCCAGCCCCGAGACCCUUCCAGACACAGAACCCUGGGGAUGUUUGGCAGUGGUGCCGGAACCUGGGUUCCAAGAUGUCAGCGAGCCUGGAACUGUCACACACAUCGCUACUCCGUCGCGUCCGGAUCCGGCCGGACACGAUAAAUCAGACGCAUCUAGCGCUGGACCCUCUGUGUCAAGGCGAAAGAGACUCGUUGGGUCAAAGCCUUCCUCGGCCAAGGAACACAGAAGGUCCGCUGCAGAUUCUCUAUCUUAUUUCACCGAGGCGGAAUAUCAUGAAACAUUUUUAGCGCCCCAGGAUCGGUCUUACCUGCAGCUCGCAGUGGUCAGCCCCAAAAGCGCCCACGUUCCAGUCGAGAUACCAUCCGAGGGCCUUUAUGCUUCAUCACUUGGCCUACCAUGGAGUCUUCAUCAGGCUGGGGGCGAUUUCCCGGCACAACACCCCCCGAUGGAUCGGAUGUAUAAUGAGCGGCUGGUAGCCGGCCUACCAUUCUGCCCCACUAGCGUGCGCCAGUAUGAGAGCGAUGUUCCACAACAGCAAGAGGACAACGGUAUAGUUAACUGGAACGUUGCGACCGUCGGCGUGGCGACGCAAAAGAUUAGCCCAGAUAGCAACGUUCUAAGACUCCAAUCCGAAGCUCCCCGAAUCCAGGCCAAAGAAUCACACCUGAGCCCUCAGGACGUUCAAAAUGAUAAAGCAACAAACAUUGAUGGAGGAUUCGAAUUACCUCCACAUCAGGAGCGCCCCUUUGCUCCGCGUCCCGGAGACCUUAGCAUACGCGAUGUCUUCACCGACAAACAUAUUUUGAAAGUGGUCGUGAAGAACAGGGCAGUGUCUAUGAGACUUCCAGACUACUACCUGAACGCCACCCAAAUAUUCCAGGCGGUCGGCCUAAGUCUUUGGAGGCGCAAGAAAUUACUAGCUUGUGUCCAGGAGAAUUCACAAAUGAGCAAGGAAACAGAUGGUAUUUGGGUUCCGUUCAGGGAUGGUGUCUUCCUCUGCAAGGAAGUAAUGCUUUUUGAGGAAGUUCGAAACUUGUUCAAACAUUCUGACCAGCCACUCCCACCAGACAAGGAUAAUUACUUACAUCGGGCAUCCGGGUUGCCGGCUGGUUAUGAGGUUUUGAAUUUCGGUAAAAACAAAACUGUCGUUUUCCAAAAAGUCGAUGGGGCUGUCAACGCCACUAGCCUGUGCGCCGGUUCUGCAACAUUGCGAAGGGCUCUUUGGGAAUUUCUUCGAAGCCACCCUCAAGUACGGGUUGUUAAACGGAUACGAGGCAAUGCGAGGGCUCAAGGAACUUAUAUUGCACUCGCGGACAUUGACAUUAUCUGCGAUCAUUUCAAAUUUGUGAACCCGAAAGAUGAGAUUUUGUCAAGGAUUCAUGCGACGCCGAGCGGCGAGCCGCUGUAG